ACAAACAAAUCUUAGAAAAUUAAAAAGAGAAUAUCUCAACUUUAGGUUCCUUUGUAUAUAUUGAUUCCAGUUAAAUCUUUCAAGUUAUUUCAAAGUAAAAAGGAAACUUAUUUACAAAUAUUCUGUUCUCACACAAGGCAACCGUGAAAAGACAAAACACAUGCAAGAAGAACCAUAUUCCACCUAUGUGAUUAUGUAGUUUGCGAUACUUGUAUAAGAUAUAAACCGUGUUAUGACAACAUCUAAAAUAAUAAUUACGACACCAAUAAAAAUAAGAAUUCAGACAACACUUAGUCAUUGCUAUUGCUCCGGCGCAUAAGUCGCUUCUCUGCAUGUGCUCUCUCUCUCUCUCUCCUUCACAAUUGUAUAUAUACACACAAACCCACACAGUUUCAUGUCUCCUUCUUUUUAUAUAUCAUUGAAGCCAUAUCAAUGGGGAACUGCCUGAGACACGACAAUGGCUUUGCUGGAAAAGAAAAGGACGAUCUCGAACCCGAGCUCCCGGUUGAGUUAUUGGAAGAAGGUAAAGGGAGUAGCGGUGAGGAAGGAGGAAGUGAAAGAUCAACACAAAAAGAGUCUAAGGUGGUGAGGAUCAAAGUAGUGGUGACAAAAGGAGAACUUAGACAAAUCUUGGGCCACAAGAAAGGUACCAAUUCCAUUCAACACUUAGCUCACGUUCUUAAAGAUAGUGGCCGAAACAUCUCCAGGGCUUAUGAAGAAGAAGAAGAACAAGGUGAUGAAAAUUGGAGGCCUACGUUAGAAAGUAUUCCUGAGAAUCAUUAUUGAAAUUAAUCAUAUCAAUAUAUUCAACUAAGAGUCCAGUUUUUCUUACCUUUUCCUAGACGGCUGUUUAUUAUGUUGUCUAUGAUUGCUCCUUUUUAACCAAAGUUGUCUCAGGAACAUUGGUUUUCUUUUCCUUUCCUUGUUUUUUCCCCAGGAUGUUUGGUGCUUUAUGUUUUUGUUAGAGCACUAAUUAACUAUUACAUGUCAUCAUGUGUUGUCUUAUUUAGUUAAUGAAAUGUGACAUUUUAUAUA